AUGGAGCAGAUUUCUGAAUUUAUAGACUGUCCAGUUUCUGUGAGGACAUACUGUGGUAGUAAUUAUUAUGGUACAUUAUUAGCUAUUGAUCAGUACUUAAAUAUUGUAUUACAGAAUGCCACAAUAGACAGUGACAUCAAGAAAGGGUUUCUAUUUGUGAAGGGUUCGAAUAUUCUUCUUCUUACUCUAGUAGAGUAAAUAUGUUAUUUAUAAAUAAAU